AUGGCGACACUUGAAGGCCCGGGAGACGCGUCACGCGUUGUGGCCAAUUUUUCCGACCUCACUGACAAGGAAGCGCACUGCGCCGACGAUAUCAUCGAGGCGUAUCGGCAGGCAAUGAGCGGGUACAGACCUCGACCAAUGCUGUCUCGGGCCUGGUUGUGGUUUAAAGUAUUCGAGAAUUCUUGGGACACUACUAAACCUGUCCCGACGUUUCCACCUGUCCCUCCCGUCAAGCAUCAAGAUCUCGCCAUCGCCGUCGGUUGGCUCGACCAGGACCUCCCGCCUUCCACCUGCGCCUCUAGGAGAAGCAAAGCUAAGGAUAAGGCAGCCAAGAAGGCGCUCGGCAAGGGUAAGGCGGCCGAGCAAUUCGUCGAGGCUGUCCCAAAAGUUGCUCUGCAUCGCAGACGUGGGCAGCCGGCGUACCUUCGCGCUCGCCUGCUUCCAGCCGGGGACGAUAUUGAGUGGUUCUGGACUGACGGCCACGCCAAGGGCCUGGACCCUGCGUUCGUCAACCUCGAGGAUAUCGACACGGGAAUAAAGGUCGACAUGGCAACUGUUCAGGCGUGGGCGCUUGAUGUCCACGACCAUGUGGUCCAAAACCGUGCUCACCAAUGCAAUCUCGAAAAGACUGUCUACUGGAUGCGGUGCCGCCUUGUACGCCAUGUUGGCGCGAUCGCAGGAGGACACAGGCCGUCGAACCCGACUGCUGUUGACUUUGCUACGCUGGAUACGACCAAGCUUUUGUGGCCGCUGGCAAUCGCUCACCCAAAAUUGAGUGACGCUCUCAAGUCCAAUCAGCCGAAAUAG